AUGGCGGCGCCCACAGCGGCAGAGCCAGCAAUGAACAAACUGACAUAUGACGUUUUAAGCCCCGUUUACACCACCAGUCAAGACAGCGAGCCUUCUUCUGAAGAUUCUGGGAAGCUACAGGACUAUGUUGUAGAUUUCCUCGAGAAAGAGGUCGGCGGCGACCUGAACAAUGUUGGCGACCUGCUGGACAAACUGAGAGAGGAAAACGACGAACUGGAGGGGCAGGUUCUGACUGUGUCCAGUUCUGUGCCUCCCAAAGUUUCUGCAGCUCUGUCUGCUGCGGAGGAGGCGAGAUGUUCCCUGGAGGACCUGCUGCAGAGAGAGCGACUUAUCUCCAACAUGCUGAACCAGCACCUACAGGGGGCCCAGCCUUGGAUGGAUAAUCUUGGCCAGAUGCUUAACCAAGUCGACACUAUAGAGAGACACAUGAAAUACCUGCGGUGCCUUCAACAUAUAGAGGAACUCAGCGCUGCAGUCCAGCAGUGUCUGAUGACCAGCAGUGUCUGGGAGGCCAUAAGAGCAGUGGACAGCAUGGCUGCACUGGACACUGGACUAAACCAGUCUGGGUGUUCUCACCUCCAGGACUUCCUCCGAGAAACACUUCACUUCUGGCACAAGAUCAUCAAAGACAGACUGACCGGUGAGUUUGAUAAAGUAUUGACUCAACUGCACUGGCCGAUCAUCUCCCCUCCUACUCAGUCUCUGACACCCACUGCCAACUAUCAGGAGAUCAACAGCCAGCUGGAGCUGCUGGUCACACAGCUGCUUGCCCUGCAGACCUCUGAUGACCUGUUAUCCCAGAGGGCUUUGGCCUCCUCUGUACCCUCCACGCAGCCUGUUUCUUCAGCCACGCUUGAGUCCCAAGCUGCCCCCCUCUGUCUUCCCAUCCAGAUCAUGCUGCUGCCGCUCAGCAAGAGGUUCAGAUACCACUUCUAUGGGAAUCGACAGACCAACUCCCUCAGCAAGCCAGAGUGGUACCUCACACAGGUUCUGAUGUGGAUGAGCAACAGCUCAACGUUCAUGGAGGAAAAGAUCCAGCCUAUCCUGGACCGAGCUGGGGCCACCAUCAGUGCCAGGGUGGAGCUGUGUCGAGGCCUGUUAUCUCUAGUCCAGGAGAAGGUGGCCAGUGACGCCUCCAGGCUGCUGUAUGAUGAUAUGCUCUUCUGUCACUUGGUGGAGGAGGUGCUGCAGUUUGAGAAGGAGCUGCGAAGCAACCAGUCAUACCCAGCAGCGCUGCCCGGCCUGCUUCACCUCCUGCUGGAGGACGCAAUCCUCCAGAAGUGGCUCACUGUGGAAAAGAAGAUGGCAGUGGAGAAGAUGGAUGCCAUGCUGUCAGCUGAAGGAGCCUGGAGCUCUCAGUACAAAGAUAUCAGUGAUAUGGAUGAGCUGAAGGCCCCAGAUUGUGCUGAGACUUUCAUGACUCUGCUACAGGUCAUCACUGAGCGGUACCGGGCCUUACCCUGUCCAUCUGCACAGCUGAAGUUUCUGGGGCUGCAGAGAGAACUGGUGGAUGACUUCCGCAUACGACUCACCCAGGUGAUGAAGGAGGAGUCUCGCUGCCCGCUGGGUGCUCGUUAUUGUGCCAUCCUUAAUGCUGUCAACUACAUUUGCACCAUCCUGGGAGACUGGGGAGACAAUGUGUUCUUCCUGCAGCUGCAGCAGGCAGCGGUUUCACUGGGUGAGGAAGCGGUCCUGGGAGGCCUGGGGGUGAUGGAGGUGGGUCGCCUGGCUUCUCUGGAGGGCUCUCUGUUUGAGGGUCUGUUGGCAUUGCUGGACCGACUUAAAGGGGACAUGAUGGGAAGACUUCUGGAAUGGACCAUGAGAGAAAUCACAGAAAAAGCCAAACCAUACUGCCAAGACAGGUGGUUAUCCCUACCAUCCCAGCAUGACCAGUCCACCAUGUCCCUGUCCAGCUCAGCAUGUCCCAUGAUGCUAUGUGUGAGGGACAGAUUGUUGAACCUUCAUCAGGUCCUGAGUCUUUCUCUGUUCCAACUGGCCUGGCAGGGCCUGGCUGAGAGGCUUGACAACUUUCUGUACCAGGAUGUGAUCCUGUUUAAUCAUUUCAGUGAUGGCGGGGCAGCUCAGCUUCAGUUCGACAUGACCAGAAACCUAUUUCCUCUGUUUGGUCACUACUGCAAAAGACCUGAGAACUUCUUUAAGCAUGUUAAGGAAGCGUGUAUCAUCUUGUGUCUAAACGUCGGCUCUGCUAUUCUGCUAAGAGAUCUCCUUAAAGAGUCAGAGGACGAGACGAGAGAUUGGACAGGUGCAGAGGAUCCUCCGCCAGAGUCUGCAUUGCACGAGUUGGGGGUUUACUGCUUGGCAUCCUGUGAUGUGCUGAUUCUUCUCAACCUCAGAGCCUCCUGGCCUGGACAGUAACAGUUCUCUCUGGCAAUAUCUGUUGGUGUGGAGUGUGUAUCAGAUUGAGUCCAACUUUUUCUUCUUACAUUUAUUAGCUUCACUCUUUUUAUAACCAAGACAGGUGAUGUUUGUCAAGCUAGGACUGUUCACAUGGCGGUUAGUAAGUUGAUACUAUGGAAUUGUCAUCAUCAUGUGAGCUAUUACUUACCCGUCACCUCAGUCAACUGCAGUAUACCACAACAAUGCAUUGUGUAAUAAACUCCGCUGACCUGCAACACUCAAGCCUGCAAGCCUUCAGUUGCUUAAUGAGUUUCUUAAUUUGUAUCACUUUAUAUGACACCUACGUCUAUAACGCAUUAUAAAAAUACUUCUAAUUUGGUAUAAUCCAGCAAAUUAGUAUACUGUAUAAUUGUAGUUAUACAAAUAAUGACACAUUGUGAACAAUUUGACUUAUUGGGUGAAGUGUUGUGACACUAUAUAUCUACCUAUCUAUAUAUCUAUCUCUAUAUAUAUAGAGAGAAAGAUACUGUUUAACCAUGUGGAGAUUCUGUCAAUAGACCUCUUUUAACCUUCUUUAAUGGAGAAACAGCAUUUAAAGCAGAUGACAUGGUAUUGUUGAAAUGGUCAACCAUGUCAUUUAAAGAGCAGUCAUAGCUGUGUGAUCUCAUAACAUUACAGAACUUUUCUUCAGCCUUGCCAUCAAAGAAUCUUCUUUGAAUCAGAAAUUUGGCAUCAGAAAAAACACACAGUGAUGGUCAGGAAUAGAUAAUUCUAAUACUGUCUGCUCCAUGCUCCAGAGCAUGAGGAAGACAGGUGCAUGAAGAGGAUCCUUGUAAAUAGAGACUACUAGAGUCUACUAACACUACUCUCAGUUAGUGAGUCACCUCUGUUUUGUUCUGAGUCACAUCUCUAUUUACCCAAUGAGUCAUGUCAAUGUUUACUUAAGAAAUAUCUCUGUUUGCUUAAGGGAUCAUAUUUCUGUUUACUUGGUGAGUCAUUGCCUAUCUCUGUUUUGCAUGGCCCUCUGCCUGGCCCUCUAUUUUGUUCUGUUUUUUUUAUUACCUAAGAAUUGGCUGGACACCAAUAAGAACACUAGAAGUGAGAUAACUCACUCCUGCCAAGUAUGAACCAGGUAAUCCCCAGACUCCAAUAGAUAUGGAUGCCAGGGGAAAACCCCAGAUGACGAAACCAAUAGAAAUGAGAGAACAGGUAAAAGGGUAAUAUAGGGAUGUGGCCGGACCUCACGCCAAUAACAGUAUAAAAGGUGAAGUUUCCACAAUGAACUUCAGUUUGUUUGGCAGAACUUACUCUGGCUUUGUGAUCUGUAAAGAGAAUAAAGCUCUCUGGACUCAA